AUGGCGAGCAAGGAGGGCGACGAGUCCAAGGAGACCGAGCGGGUCAGCGGCGGCACGUACUAUCAGAUCCUCGGCGUGCCGCCCAACGCGAACUCCGACGACAUCAAGAACUCGUACCGGAAGCUCGCGCUCAAGCUUCACCCGGACAAGAACCGCGACGAUCCGAAUGCGACGGAGCGGUUCCAGGAGCUGGCCGAGGCCUACGAGGUCCUGAUCGACCCCGAGCGCAGACAGGCGUACGACCAGAACAGCGACUUCAUCCUCCGCGCCUUCGCAGAGGGCGGGGACGUGGGCGAAGACGGCUCCCGCGACUCGUUCCUGUCCGUGCCCUCGUCGCGCACCUUCUGGUGCCUGAUGGUGGACGCGGCCCUCAACGACGACGGGAAGUCCGUCGCGGCCUACGCCCAGCAGCUGGAGGACGAGAUCUUCUCGGAGCUCCUGAACGGUGGCGUCUGCGGCUUCACCAUGCUCCACUUCGCCGCCUUCUCUGGCAAGCACAGGUCCGUGCAGGCGCUGAUCGAGCUGGGCGCAAACGUGAACGCGAAGACCCAGCCGCUGUGCGUCACUCCUUCGCAGCAGUUCUGCCGACCGACGCCAUUAGACUUGACGACCUUCGUGCAGAACAAGAGGGCGAGAGAGCUGACCCAGCGAGCACUGCAGGCCGCGGACGGGGUCUACGGGGGCGUGGACAUGGCGAAGUUGGAGCCCGUGUGGCAGGGCCUCAUCCGCCACCAGCUGCUGCUGAUCAAAGAGGAGGUGGUCAAGUUCACCCAGAAGAUCCCCCUGGAGGUGAGGCGCUUCCUGCGCAAGGAGCCGCGCUGGCGAGAGGUCAUCCACUUCCCCGGCGAGGACGCCGCGAGCAUGGAGAGGAGAAGAACGAAGAAGGCCUUGCGCGUCUGGAGCAAGAAGCUCCAGUGGGUCGUUCUUGGCGACCCGAGCGCCGAGCUCAAGCACCGCUGGGGCGUCCGAGCGUGGAACGGGCUCUUGGCGUACGCCAGCUGGUGGCUGUUCAGUUUUGACUAUCGCGAAGCCUGCAGGCGAUCAUGGUGUCGCUAUUGUUUAUGA